AUGGAUAUGACUUUUAAACCAAAAUCAACACCUAGAACAGAAAACGAACCAGACCUCAUAAAAUGGUGGCGCUUGAAAGGAGACAAGGUGCAGGAGUUUUGUAAUGAAUUAGAUAACUUAGUAUUCCCGGGAGGAGGUCAUAAAGAUGUGAACGCAAAUUGGAUGGACAUACAAGCCAAGAUUCUAAAAGCUGCAGAAAAGGUACUAGGGCGAACGAAAGGUGGAAAGCGCAUACCGAUGGAGACGUGGUGGUGGAGUGAACCAGUACGCACAGCCCUUAGAAGAAAGAAAAAGGCGUUUAAAACAUGGCAAUCCACCAAGACAAAUGAAGAUAGGCAGCAGUAUAAACAGAGUAAGAAAGAGGCCCGACAAGUGAUCGCAGUUGAAAGAUCCAAAGCUACAAAAGAACUGUAUGCAUCCUUAGAAAAGAAAGACGGUCAUAAGCUCAUAUACAAGUUAGCUAAAUUGCGAAACCAGGCUACCAAAGAUUUUGUGAAGAAUAAAAUACUUAAGGGACCAGACGGAAAUCUAGUGUCCAAUAGCAAGGAUAUCCUGAAAACAUGGCACCAGUAUUAUGAUGAGAACCCUGCUGAGAAAACUGCACAGGAAGCGCCAACUGCACCAGGCGGCGAUCUGGGAUCCACUGAAAUACCUAAAGAUCUGCCAUCUACCAAAACACCUCAAUUUCAGCCGAUACCUAUUAAUAAUAAUUUUUUUGUCCAAGAUAAUGAUUUGAUGCCUACGAAUGACGAAAAUCUUCCACCACCAGAGAGCGUUUAUCUAAAUCCUAAACCCGGAUGUUCAUGGAUGCCCGAUUCUCCUCCUCGUACCAUUAGCAACACAAAUUUUUCAAUUACGUCUCCAAAAGAUCUGAUUCCGUUGCCAAAAAUAAAAUCUGGAAUGAAAAGAGUUAUAAAGAAGCGCGGAAAAACCGCAAUCCAUACCGCCUCACCAUAUAAGAUUGAAUUAGAGGAAUCUAUUAAAAAGAUACAAAAUAUUAAGGAAAAAAAGUAG